AUGUGUGCUCUACAGUUGCACUGCAUAACUGUGAGAUCUGAGAUCUGCGAGCUGAAGGCGGUCAACGGGUGGCAGCAGGCUGAGAACUGCGACCUGUGCUGCUUCCUCAAUGAGGACUGGCUCAAUGAGGACCGGCUCAAGGCCAAGCGCCUGGUGCAUCAUUGGAAACUCUUCGGGCACCACGCGGCACAGGUGCUGUGCGACGAGGUGGCCGCCUGCCUCCGCAAGCUGGCCGGCCUGGAGGGCCUCCAGGAGUGCCUGGCCAAGGACAACCUGAAGCUGAAGGAGCUCUGCUUGGCCCUCGAGGAGGAAUGCGCCUCCACGUGGCCCGACGCCAGCCCUGCCGGCUGCUCCUUGGAGCUUAGCCUGCCCUGCAGGCCCCAUGACCUAGAUGACAGCAGCUUCAGCACCGGCAGCGCCAGCAGCCCAGAGCAGCUCCACUCCACCUGCACCCCCAAUGACUAA